AUGGUAGCCAUCACCACUUUACCGUCCGCGCAACGUGCCCUAACGGCAGGCCCCAACGGAGAGUUCAUUCUCUCCCACAAUGCACCAGUAGCAGAGCUUGAUCCCGACUCGGUCAUCAUUAAAACGUCAGCUGUCGCUCUUAACCCGGUAGAUACUAAGAUGAUUGGCGACUUUGUUACACCUGGGGCAAUCUUUGGGUUUGACUGUGCCGGGAGAGUUGUCGCCGUUGGAGCCAACAUUUCUCAUCUCGCUGUCGGUGACUUAGUCUGUGGCAGCGCAGAUGGUAUGAACCGGGCCAAUCCACGAGGCGGUGCUUUCGCAGAGUAUGUCUCAUUGCUUGGAGACAUGACGCUGCGAAUUCCGGAGUUCACUCUACCGCUCGAAAAUGCGGCUUGUCUUGGGACCGCGCUGGCUUCCGGAUGUAUGGCUCUCUUCCAUAGCCUGGGUAUUUCGCCCCUACUACUGGAAAAGCCAGCUGUAGAGCCUUUCCCAGUGCUUAUCUAUGGAGGAAGUACGAGCACCGGCACCAUGGCCAUCCAAUUAGUUAAGCUCUGCGGGCUACACCCUAUCACUACUUGCUCCCCCCAGCGCUUUGAGUUCGUCAAGUCCUACGGUGCUGAAGCAGCCUUCGAUUAUAAGUCACCCACUUGUGGGGAAGAGAUCCGCCGCUACACGGGGAACACACUUGCCUAUGCGAUGGACUGCAUUACCCAAGAACAGUCCACUAGGAUCUGCUACGCUGCCAUAGGUCGUGCAGGUGGCCGCUAUGUCGCCUUGGACCCCUACCCCGAACGCGCUGCAACACGCAAGGUCGUUAAGCCCGACUGGAUCCUCGCCACUGCUAUCACUGGCCGCGGAUACCUGGGACCCGAUGAAUGUAGGAAUAGGGGUAGCUGGUGGAACGGGCAGGCCAAACGCAUCUACACCGAGGGCAAUGGUUUCCCAGCGAGUGACUGGCUCAACUCAACCCCCCACAAGCAUAUGUUCCGGUACUUGGGUAUCCUCAACAGCGAGCGGAUUGUAGUCACCUCACCGGAAGCCCUGGCCGAAGUUUGUACCAGGAACUAUGACUUUCCGAAAUCUCGGCAAGCCGCGCUCGUGGCUGGCGACCUGCUGGGGCGCGGCCUCGUUCUGACGGACGGUGACGAACACAAACACCAGCGAAAGAUGCUUCUCCCCUCCUUUUCGAGCAAGAACAUUCGGGCCUUGUAUCCCGUGUUUUGGAGUAAGGCGCAAGAGGUCACAGCGGCACUCACUGCGGUCAACAGCACUCUGGCCGAUGGGGAGGAAGGAGUGGAGAUUGGGGAAUGGGCCUCUCGCGCUGCCCUCGACGUCAUUACGCUUGCAGCCCUGGGCUUAGAUUUUGGCGCCAUCCGUGACCCGAAUACCCCCUUAAACAGGGCUUACCGCCAGGUCUUUGAGCCUACUCGUCUCUUCCAGUUCUUCUCACUCCUGAAGCUCGUCAUCCCUGCCUGGGUGGUUCGGCGCAUCCCCAUCCAACAGAACCGUGAGAUUAUGCGUGCCGUGGACCGCGUGCGAGAGACCUGUCGCCAGCUCGUUCACGCCCAGCGCGAAGAGAUCGCGCGCAAGGAUACCUCGCGGACGGACUUGUUGAGUCAUAUUCUCCGCCGAAGCGGCGCCGCACUCGAUGAAGCGGCCGCAGUCGACCAGAUGAUGACAUUCCUCGCCGCGGGUCACGAAACCGUCUCUGUGGCCAUCACUUGGGCGAUCUAUAUGUUAUGCCGGUAUCCAGAAUACCAAAUCCGCCUCCGCGCCGAAAUCCGCGAGCUCCUGCCCGGGGGGUUGGAUGGCGACGCGGGGGAGACCAGCAACCUCGCCAUGGCAGAGACGCUUCUCGAUCGCGCCGUGUGGUUGACCGUCUUCUGUAACGAAGUCCUUCGCUACUGGCCUCCGAUUCCGCUGACCGCGCGCGAGGCCGCUCAUGAUACCACCCUGCAAGGCCAGUUCAUCCCGCACGGCACCAAGAUUAUUUUGACCAUUGUUGGGACCAACCGCGACGAGCGGCUUUGGGGUGCUGAUGCUCGUGACUUCCGCCCGGAGCGAUGGCUAUCAUCCUCGCCUACGGAAAAGGACGGGAAGAAACUCCAUCUGGAUGCCACGGGUGGUGCGUGCAGUAAAUACGCCAAUAUGAGCUUUAAUCAUGGGCCCCGGAUGUGCAUCGGGGGGGAGUUUGCGCGUGCCGAGAUGGCGUUGAUGGUGGCAGCCUUGGUAGGACGAUUCGAGUUUGCCUUGGUUAACGAGGCCAUGCAGGACGAGAAGUCUAUCAAGCUGUCUGGGGGAGGGUUUUCUGUCAAACCAGUGGACGGUUUGCACGUCACGAUGAGGAGAGUCGAUGGAUGGUAA